AAUUUAGCUCGUAUAUAAGUAGGUCCCGGCGAGUAUCACCGUCAAGUAUAACGGCAAAAUGUGGAAGUUGUGCAUCCUAGUAAUUGCUGCUUUGGCAACCAGGUUAGCUCAAGCUGAACCGAUUCCAAAUUGGGGUAUCGCAGUCGCAGCUCCCAAUUCGGCCAUCAUCACUAGUGGAAUUGCAAGUCUUAAUACUGCAUUAAUCCAGUUGACUGCAUCUGUAACAUCUGUAACAUCUCUGAGUUUAUCGACAAAUGCAGAUUUGUCAAAGGCAUCAACAUCUCUCAUCGGCCUCACAAAAUCAAUUACAACCUAUGCAAAUUAUUUGAAGACUAAUCUAACGGCAGCGAAUGCAAACACAAAUUCCGUUGAUACUGCUUUUUCUGGUGUCACUGCAGGGGUUACGGCUCUAGGCACCUACCUGUCCGAGCCUGCAGUCGAUGCGCUGGCUAACUUGACUACGACCUUUAAUGGUUCAUAUGUAGUUUCACUUACUAAUGCAAUCAAUAUUUUGGCUACUACUAAAUUACCGCAACUAGCGACGUCGCUUACAAAUCUCCAAACUGCUAUUGGCGUUGCUGUCACGGCAGCGGGAGGUGGUGUAGUGACUUCCGCGAAUGUUGCUAAAAAUGUAUCUACUGCCUUAUCUACGGCGGUCAACAAUAACCUAACAGCCAUCAAAUCAAGUCUGGACAGCAUUACAACGGCGGUUAAAGGAAUUGCUACUGGACUCGUAGCUGCCAACACUUACCUUUCGACAAUAAACUCGGCGAAUGUGACUGUCAAUACAACAAGUCUAAAUAGUCUAAAGUUAGUCAUUUCGAAGCUCUCAACGGGUAUGAAUACUACUGUAUUGAACUACGUGAACGCUGCUGUGAAAAGUAUUAAAACUGAUUGGACCAAUGCUGUAAGCAAACUGAAACUAUUCUCAACGAAUGCUACUUUGAACGCAUUUGUAACCAAUUACACGACAUUUGCGUCUAAAAAUCUUACUACGGACCUGAAUUCUUUGGUUGCAGCGGCUGUAGCUAAUGCCAGCCAGGCCCUAAACACCCUAGCUGUGUCACAAACUGGUGCGCUGACUAACACGAGUUCCGCAUUACUACAGGCGGCAUUGACUUUGGCUAAUCAAGUUGCUAUUCAAAUUGGAGGAGGUGGAACAACAUGCAGCAAUAAGUACGCAUCAGUACUUCCAACGUUAAUUGCCUCUAUUCCUACGGCAUUAACGACUUGUACAACAGCAACAACCAAUUUCGUUACAAUCGCCGUCACGGAAUUGAACUAUUUAAUGCAAGUCCCGGUAAUAGAAAACAAUUACUAUGCUACUGCUGUUGCAUCCUGUUCGAAGUAUGCGACAUUCGCCAAGGAUGACGUCGUGCUUGCCCAAGCUUUAUCAUGUCUGACGCAGAGCUCUUCAUAUGGAUCCCUGGUAAAUAGAAUUGUAAGUGCUGGGUAUGCUCAAGCCAUUAGUUACAUUACCAGUCUGAACGAUCCCAGCAGUGUUCUCGGAGCUGCCGUGACUGCUUGUUACAGUUUCCAGCAACAACAGAUAGAGGCUGCUUUGACCCAACUGACCGCAGAUAUCGCUACGUGUGCUCCUGUUCGUUCAAUGUGAAGAUUGAGCGGUUCUGUAGAAUCCUAUCCGCUACCCUGUUACGCGAUCCUUACUGUCUCGUCUCUCGUAGUCGUAAAAGAGGCCAAAUAAAUAAAAUAAAUAAGAUUUGUAAUAAUAAUACAAUACAAGUCGA